CUUCUAGGAGUCCUCAACCUCCAAGAGUAACAAACACCACACAACUCUUGGUCAAACCCUAGUGCUCAAGAUCGAGUGAAACACACAUUAGGCCCUCAAACACCAAAUUCACAACCACCAAGAUCCACAACACAAAGAACGAGGACUUUCAGUUAUUAUUGGUUGGAUCCUAGGAUUCACACUGGAAUUUUGGUCCUAUGUGCAGAACUGAACUUUUGAAAUAUCAGAGUGCAAGCAUUUGAAUGUAUAAAUCCAUUUGCUAGAUACAUAUUACUGGAACUUCAUUUGAUAUACUUUGCGCAGUUUGUAGAUACAUGCCUACAUAUAAAUUCUCUGAAAUGCUCUGACAUUUUUAUAUAGACUUUGGCUGUAAUAUAAAUUCUCUGAAAUUUGUAUGUCUUGAUUCUUAAAUUGCUGUGAUAAGUUCUUUUCUAGGAAGUACAGUACUGAAUUGUGGGUUGUACAAUACUUAAAUUAUAAAAUCAUCCCUAGUAUAUUUUUGAAUUAAUCCAUGAGUUGUUUCGAAGAGCUGUAGCUGUACAAUCUGAUCUAUAUAGUAAAAAAAAUGUUCUACUCUUGAUUUAGACCAUAUGCUCUGAUAUAGAUGACCUAAUAUACUGCCUAUAUAUGCAUAUAAGUUCAGAAACUUCUGUAGAUUGUUCUGAAAAUCUGAGACUGCAGUAGUGCUUGUUCUGAACUUUGGUUUUCAAUAUAGUAUAGAUUUGGUUUUCAAUUUUUGACAUUUCCCAGAACAAUGGCUGCAGUAUAAAUUAUCUGAAAUGGAUAUUUUCAAUUCUCUGAAAUGGCUGUAGCACUGAAAUCUGAAUAGUAGGAUUUGUUCUGGGUUCUCUGAAAUCUGAAUAUAUAUAGCCCGCUCAAAAAAAUAUAUAGCUUGCUCGAUAGGGAUUAACAUGCUUAUAUUUACUUCAGUCUUUCCUGUAAGCAAAAUUCAUAACCCAAACAACCUAAGUCUUUCCUGCUGAUUUCAUAUGUGUUGUUGCUAUGCAUGAUAUCAAGGCAAAGAAGUCUUUCCUGCUGAUUUCAUUUGUGUUGUUGCUAUGCAUGAUAUCAAGGCAAAGCCUCUUUUUAGGCUGGUUGCCUGAUUGUAAUGGUUUGAUAAGAGUAUACUGGACGUUUCUUUUUCUUUACACUUUUGUAUUCUUUAACAGAGCACAAAACAUAAUUGGAACAUCAUGGAUAAAGGGUGGAUGAAAGCAUCGAGAUCUAGUAUUGAAUAUAAUAUCGGGGUUAAUAAAUUUAUAGACUUCGCCUUGUCCACUAUAUUCCACGGUGUUAACUGCUGUUAGACACAUCUCAUCUGACCAAUGAGACAUAUCUGCACCAAGGAGACAAAUACAUGAUCUAACAUACAAGGAGAACAUAGGACAUGAAGAUGUACAUUCUAGGACAAGUAGUCUUGGAAAAGCCAGCGCUGGUUUUUAAGUGCUAUCAAGUUCAGUAAUAGCCAAGUGCUAACAACUUCACGGUUCUAGCUUAUGAAAGGGAAGCAUAUUAUUUUCGCUGUAUGGUUUUCUUCACAUGGCUUGCAAGUGCAACAUAGCACCAAUAAGAAUUCGAAGCUAUACUAUCAAGAUUUUGUACAAAGUGCAAUAUAGACACUUGUGAUUGUGUGAUCAUCAUAUGCUGGAGGAUGAAAACAAAUUGCACUUUACAGUAGCAUCAUGUCAUUCUUGUUGAUUAUAGUUUUGUCCUGUGACUGAGAAAUCAUCGUUGUUAUUAGUUUUUUAUCAUAAAUUUGAUUUCUCUAUUUGAGUUGCAAUCUCAUAUUGGUAUGCUCACAAUUUGUAUGCGAGCACAUUGUGGAAAAGACCACUAAUUACUAAUGAUGCAAUGAACGCCAUGGAUCUUCUUGCUGGCAUUUUAAAAAAUGCCCCCAAUCUGCUAGCUGGCGUAUUGAAAAAUGCCUUCAUAUCUCCUGGGUGGCAUUAUGAGAAAUGCCACUGAAUACCUAAGUAGGCAUUUUUGGAAACGCCUCCUAAAUAUCUUUGGAGGCGUUUUCUAAAACUGCCUCAAAUCACUUUUCCCGUCGACAGUAUAUUUGGCACUUUUUAAAAUGCCUUGAAAGAUCAUUUGAGGCGUUUAAUCAGGCAUUUAAGGCGUUUUGAAAUGCCUGCUAAGCUAUGUCAUCCUGUAGUGCGAACGCCUCGCCGGCAGCCGUCGCCCCCACGCAUCUUUCCAGGUUGUCGUCGUCGCCGCUGCUCCUUAUGCCCGCGUCCACCAUGCUGCCUCGAUCUCCUCCUCCAUCCCCGGUGCCCAACCCUUCCCUCCAGUCGACCCUCCCCAUCCCCGGCGCCGUCGUCCGCUACUAGGGGCGGAUCUACAGUAUAAGCGUCGGUGUCAGGCGACACCGACGACUUUCGGCAAAACAUAUAACAAAACUGCUUAUCUAUAUACUAUAACACUAUGUUCUAAGUAUAAUUAGCAUACUAUGACACCGAUAGAUACGUUAUGACACCAACAAACUGAUUUUCUGGAUCCGCCACUGUCCGCCACCCAUCUCCUCCUCCUCGCUGCACCCAAGUCAAACAUCUCGAUGAGCGGGAUCAUGUGGAUGGGGCUCUCCAUCUCGGUGACGGCGGUGAGAUCCUGCGGUGGCUUCUCCUGAAGGAGCUUGCGGAGAAGGUGCAUCUCGAGCUCGAUGCCUUCGGCCACGAUCACCAUGACCACAACUACGACCACCACCAUGGCUACGACAACUUACAGCUCGAGUUCUCCCCUUGGUGCCAUGGGAUGCUCGCUUCUGGUCAGCAUGGCGUCGCCCGUCUGUCUCGUCCUGCUCCCAGUAAUCUUCUGUUCUUCCAGGGGAAACCAUCAAAGACCAUGGUGGAUUGCCUUGCCACCUUCGUGGAAGAGAUGCAGUUUCAGAUCAAGCUAAUCCUGAAAAUUCCACGAGGUCAUGAGACAUUGCACAAUUUGGUUGAUGAAGCCCUCUUGCUAAAGGAGGCCAGGAGUUGGAGCCAUGCAAACUUGCCUUAUGCUAAUGUCUUCGGGAGCUUUAAGAUUAGGCCCUGCUGCAUUGAUCAAAUUAAGCAGAACUCUUAGGGAUCAUCCGAAGAUUGAAUUUGAAAGAGCAGUGGACUGAUGUGCUACCUCACUUUAUUACUUUUGCAUGCUCUAAGAUCAACAAUCUCUCAUGAUAGAUAGCAUAUCGCGUAAUGCUGGAGAUGUGGAUGGAGAUAAGUACAUUCAUUACAGAUGAACUCGUGGCAGAAAUUUCUUGAUGGAAAUUUUACAUUUAUCAGAACGGUUUGUAUGCAAAUUAUGUGGCAAAAAUUAACAGAUGUUUGAUACAUGUCUUUAAUGUACUGUAUUUGAUCAUUUCAAUUCA